AUGGCGUUUCAGACAGGGAAUCGGACAAUCUGGUGUCGGGCAUUUUCUUUGUCCUUGGAAGGGGAAGCCCUAGAAUGGUUUAACUCCCUGCCUCAAAAUUCUAUAGAAAGUUUCGACGGCCUAAAGGCCAUGUUUGGACGGCAGUUCGCCAACUACCGCUCCCAAGACUUGACCAUCUUUCAACUGUCUAGCCUCAGACAGGGGAAAGAAGAAACAUUAAAAGCGUUCAUGGACCUUUACCAAAAAAAGGUUUGGCGGGUGAAGGGUCUCAACUCCGAGUUGGCCCGUCAAUAUGUCUUACCGACACUUAAACCCGGGUCGUCCAAAGAGAGCGUCUGUCGGCACGCGCCGAAGACCUUGGAAGAGUUGCGUGAACGAGCAGUAGAUGAAAUAAGGGUGGAGGAGAUGAAGAAGUCUUACCGGAAUAAGGCCCAGGAGGCAAAGGAAAAAUCGGAGGGCAAAAGCCACGAAGGGCCGUCGGGGGCUUCAGACCGAAGGAUCCCCUCAGGGGCUCGCGUUUCUAGCAAUACACCCCGUUAA